GUUGAAAUUUUAGGUAUACCUUACCCAUCCAGCCCUAGCCGAGCAUCCCAAUAAGCUACGCUUCAGUCAGACGUUGACCACACUACUACUAGUCACUAUGCAAACGCUGCUCUUGCCGGCUGCUUGUUCCGGCAGCGCACGGCUACCCUUGCUAAUGAUCUCACAAGUGGCGGGGAAACCGUCACCACUCAAUCUCCUCCGCCCCAAAGGUUCCCUCUUUCCUCUCUCUUUAUCACAGACUCUCCCUCCUUUACAGAACCGAAAUGUUCUCUCUCCACAGCAUCUAUCUCUCAACUGCAGAGGGAUUAGAGUCAUUGCCGCCGCUAGCGCUUCUCCAAUCGACGAUAUCGAAAAAGAAAAGCUCGCUCAGGUUUCAAAGAGAUUAGAGAGAACUUCAAGGUAUUUCAAGAGAUUGGGUGGGUUAGGGUUUUGGGGGCAGCUGGUUUGCACUGUUGUUGCAGCUGGAAUCCUUUCUUUAUCCAUUGCAAUCACUGGGAAGAUCACAUCGCCCUUCACAUUUUACUCUACUGCUGCUGGAAUCUCUGCUGCUUUUGUUUCUGUUUUCUGGUCUUUUGGUUAUCUUCGUUUGUCUGAGAAGCUUAAGAGAACGGCCAGUCAACCUUCAAAGGCACCUCCUCGUGAAGAUGUGGUAAAAAGCUUAAGAAAUGGGAUCGGGUUGAACCUUUUUGGAAUGGGUGCCACUCUGAUUGGUAUGCAAGCCACUGUAGGAUUUCUGGUAGGGAAGGCCAUUACUGCAUAUCCAUUUUAUCAGGGUGUUGCUUCUGGUGGUAGUACCCCUUUGGUUGCACUGGAUGUGUUUCUCAUACAGGCAUCAACUAACGCCGUUCUCUCACAUUUCAUUGGGCUAUUCUUCUCAUUGCUACUUUUGAACUCAGUGACAUUACCGCCCACAGAAAGCAUUCGUGUUCCUAAGGUUGCCUAACCUCUCCCUAAGAGUGAAAUGGUGUUCAAAGCCAAGGGAAUAAAAUCUAUUAAGUUCUUUUGUAGCGUCUUUUAAUUGAAUUUUCUUAGUGCUAUUUCGAGGUUCAGCUUUCUAUCUUUUUCCCAUUUUAUAAUGUGUUGGUAGGUGUUACAAACUCAAUCCACCCUGCUCUUUAUUCUACCAUGUUUUAGUGCAAGUUUCAAACAGAAGUAUUGACAAGCUCUUGGUAUUCUAAAACUUGAGUUGGUAUUUGAAUGAAUGAUGAGGUUUCUAGAUGAAGUUGUUUUCGAA